AGGGUUUGGGGCCAGGGGCACAGUGUCCGUUUGUUAAUACCAAUGCACCAAACCAGAGGAAAACCACAUUUUGCUCAUUUAAUGCACAGCUGCAUGGUGACCUGGGUGAGGACUGAGCCAGUCACUCACUCAGGAUGCACUAUAUACAUCUAAAAACAGAAAGAAACCAACAGUCGAAUGUUGGAAAAAAAAAAAAAACAACCUCAGAUUCAAACAUAAGCCCACAGCUGCUCUGUGAUAAGACAGGACACUCGAAGGGGCCAAAUAGAAAGGGUAAAGUCAAAUGGAUGAAACAUUAAAGAGAAAAAAAAAACUCAUUAUAAAGGAAAGGAAACACUUGGGUUAAUUUCAUGGACUACUUCAGCGUGCCAAAACAGGUGACAGAAGGGGAGCUGUCCAAUAUGCAAGUGAGGAGACCCCCCCAUCAGCUUCCUCGGUGUGAAUGAAAUAAAUAAACAAUGAAUGGUCCACUCUCCUCUCUCGCCUCAUCCCAUCUCAUGCAUGGCUGCCAGUAAUGGUCUACUGGGUGUCAGCUUUUAUUGGCACGGCACAAAGCAAGUGCCAGGGGUUCGGUGGCUCGACUCCCCGCCGCAGACUGUGGAUAAAAGCAAGCAAAAUGCCUCAGCCGAGCUCAGAGACAUAGUCAUGUUGGGCUGGAACGAGGAAGUGCAGUGGAGAGGGGAGGGACUCAGGGCGCAGCUCCAUGGGGCCGCCGCGGCGCUGCGACCUUCUGCACAUGGAGCCGGGGAGAGUUGGAAGAACUUCAUACUGCAAACUCAAGGAAUAGCAGAGUACCUGCACCGCAUGGAGACAGAGGAGGCCCAGGAAAUGGCCCAGAUGCCAGGCAGGGACAGCCCCCCUGCAAAUGAAGCAUCCGAGGAGGCAGAGGAGCCCAUGGCGGUCCCCGAGGACCUGUCAGCCAGCUCCGCCCACCAGCAGAACAACAGAGGGGACAAAGCCUGUAACAUUAAAGUUGAGGCUCGCAGUGAUGAGGAGAAUGGGCUGGCCUGUGACAUGAAUGGCGUGGAGGAGGAGGAGUGCGCGGAAGACUUGCGCGUGAUCGAUGCCUCGGGGGCCAAGGUGAACGGCUCACAGCCGAGCCCCGAAGCCAAGGCCUUCUCCUCGGCCGGCGGUAUCCGGCUGCCCAACGGGAAGCUCAAGUGCGAUAUCUGUGGGAUAGUUUGCAUUGGCCCCAAUGUGUUGAUGGUGCACAAGCGAAGCCACACCGGAGAACGUCCCUUCCAGUGCAGCCAGUGCGGCGCCUCUUUCACCCAGAAGGGCAACCUGCUGCGUCACAUCAAGCUCCAUUCGGGGGAGAAGCCCUUCAAGUGUCACCUGUGCAGCUACGCCUGCCGCAGGAGGGACGCCCUCACCGGCCAUCUACGCACCCACUCGGUUGGAAAACCCCACAAGUGUGCUUACUGCGGACGGAGUUACAAGCAGCGCAGCUCUCUCGAGGAGCACAAGGAGCGGUGUCACAACUACCUGCAGUGCAUGGGGCUGCAAAAUAGCAUCUAUUCAGUAGUAAAGGAAGAAAGCAACCAGAAUGAGCAGAGGGAAGACUUAAGCCAGACGGGAUCUGACAGAGCCUUGGUGCUAGACAGACUAGCUAAUAAUGUAGCUAAACGUAAGAGCACUAUGCCACAGAAGUUUGUGGGAGACAAGCGUCUGUCAGACCUCUCGUACGACGGAGGAGCAGGCGAGAUGAUCCAGCCCCACGUCAUCGACCAGGCCAUCAACAGCGCCAUCAGCUACCUGGGGGCCGAGUCGCUGCGGCCCCUGGUCCAGACCUCGCCCGCCUCCUCUUCCGACGUGGCCCUCGGGUCCAUGUACUCCCUCCACAAGACGGCCACCGACGGCCACUCGGGGACGGGCUUGUCGGCCAAAGACAGUGCGGCCGAGAACCUGCUGCUGCUCUCCAACUCCAAGUCCGCGUCCAGCGAGAAGGACGGCUCGCCCAGCCACAGCGGCCAGGACUCGACGGACACCGAGAGCAACAACGAGGACCGCCCGGGCGGCGCGGCCCCCGGCCUCAUCUACCUGACCAACCACAUCACCUCGGGGGUGAGGAACGGCGUGCUGGUGAAAGAGGAGCAGCAGAGGCAGUACGACGCCAUCCGGGCCAGCAUAGAGAUGGCCUCCGAGGGCUUCAAGGUGGUGACGGCGGACGGGGAGCAGGUGAGGGCGUACCGGUGCGAACACUGCCGCGUCCUCUUCCUGGACCACGUCAUGUACACCAUUCACAUGGGCUGCCACGGCUUCAGAGACCCCUUCGAGUGCAACCUCUGCGGCCACCGGAGCCAGGAUCGAUACGAGUUCUCCUCCCACAUAACGCGGGGCGAGCACCGCUACUGAGCCCCUCCGACCAGAGAACACACACACACACACACACACACACACACAGACAGACGGACAGACGGACGGAGAGGAUCGGAAAAUAUGUCACACUCACUCCCUCAUAGACACACGUACCCCUGCAAUAAGUACAUAGAAAUACAUCAUGUAAAAUACACCGUUGAUGUCUAUAUGUUGUGUUGUUGUUUUUUUUUGAUGGUUGUUGUUUUUUUUUUACAAGGUAUGCAUGUUUAUUGACAGAUAAAUGUAUACAACUAUUAAAAAAAAGUAUUUUCAUUGCGGUAGGACUGGCUCGUGUAAAGAAGCAAAACCCUGAAAACAUUUACCAGCUACUGUGCAGCAUUCUUCAUAAAUCCUGUAUUUAUCGUCGCCAGAAAUAUAUAUACGUAUGCAGACGUGUCCUUUCUUAUGGAAAACAAGUUUGUUCUUUUUUUUGUUUUUUUUUUAGAGAGAUUUAAAAUCUUAAAUAAAAUACAAAAAAUGACUGAUAUGCAUCAUCACACUGGUAUUAAAUACAAUCAGUAAAAAAAAAAAAAAAAGAAAGAGAAAACCUAACAAUCGAUGUAGAUAAAGCCACAGCUCUUUACCAGGUUUGACCCGUUCUUGUGUUUGUAAUAACCUACAUAUUAUUUAUGAAACAUUUACACGCCUGUCUUGUUUUUUUUUUUUUUUGUUUUUUUGUAUUUAUUACAGUGAUCGAUGUUUGUCUUCUAGAAUAGUAAAAGAUGCAUCCUUUCGACUGUGCUAUAGGUGUGUUUAAGGUGUUUAAGGUGACACAUGACUGCUGCUGGAAGCCAUUUUUAGUUUUAUUCAAAAAGAAAAAAAAAGAAAAAAAAAAGAAAACAUGUUAACCUGGACUUGUUGUUUUAUACCUGACCAUAGAGUCAUAAAGUGAAAAUAACCUCAUUUGAAGGUAACUUUCUGCUUGCGAAAAUAUCAAUAAAGGAUAUUUUAUAUAUGCACACA